UCAGGCAUGUAGAAAGGAAGAGGAGGAGGGAGAAGGAGAGGGUGUUGGGGAUGAACAGAGGACUAGUCAAACCAAGGAGCUACUCCUUUACAGUAAAAGUGAUCUCUGAACCAUUUUCCUCUCUGUCAUUUUAUUUUUUAAUCCUAUAUACCAUAACAUUUUAAAGCCAGCUGCCUACUACUAAUUUAGGUAGUCUACAUUCCAUCGGGUUUUAUGGUUGUGCAGGAUUGAUUGAAGUGACCUGAACUGAUUUUUUUUUAUUUAUUUCACUGGCUACGGAUAAGCAGGUGUCAUCCCUACUGGAAACUCUUCAACCAACGGCUUAUCACUUCUGAAACAUUGUUGUUAGCCAUGGACGUCUUCAUGAAAGGCUUUUCUAAAGCUAAAGAAGGAGUCGUGGCAGCUGCUGAAAAAACCAGGCAGGGUGUGGCGGAAGCAGCAGGAAAGACAAAAGAGGGCGUGCUUUACGUGGGUUCCAAGACAAAAGAAGGUGUUGUACAUGGAGUAACAACAGUGGCUGAGAAAACCAAAGAACAAGUUUCUCAUGUGGGUGGAGCAAUGGUUACAGGAGUGACUGCAGUAGCACACAGAACAGUAGAGGGUGCUGGAAAUAUUGCUGCUGCAACAGGAUUGAUGAAGAAGGAUCAGUUGGGUAAACAGAAUGAAGAAGGUCUUGGACACGAGGAAAAUGCAGACAAUGUGUCAGCAAAUGCAAAUGAGACAUAUGAAAUGUCGAAUGAGGAAGUGUAUCAAGAUUAUGAUCCCGAAGCAUGAAGACUUUGAGCAAGUGGCAUGGCGCUAGAUAUUCAUAAUACAUUCCAAUGUACCUAGUCUCAGAUUUUAUUUCUUUUUUUAUUUAAUAACUGUAAAUGGAAGUCUUCCAUCAGAUACAUAAAGGACAACUAAAUACAAUCUAUUGUCUGGUUAGUUAAGUCCACCCCAAUAAGAAGAUCGGCAGUCAACGGGGUCUAUGUGUGUGUGUGCUAUGGAUGUGAUGACUUCAAAGGAACAAAAAAAGAAAAAAAAUCACCUAAGUGUCUAUUAAUGUUUGACUUUCUACUUGUAUUCUUACUUGUUUACCAGUGGUUUUGUAUUGUUUCUAUUUUCCUACACUUUGAAUGUUUCAUAUGUUAGUUAUUGUCUUACUAAGGGAGAUGAGUGAAUUGAUUCUCUUAGCCUGCGUAUCAAAUCCAAUUGGGAAAAUUAGUAUGAUGAUAUAUUAUAUUGAGCCUAGGUUCACACUGCUGCGAAUUCAAAGCCGCGAUUUUGCCGCGAUUUUGGCCGCAAUUUAAUG